AUGUCACCACCAGCCUCCAGACUCCAAGCAAUAACCUCUCAUAUCCUCCACCCAUUCAGCUCUUCUCCUUCACCGCAAGCCACAAACAUCCACCAACUCUCACCUACAUUCUUCUUACCCCGUGCGGCCGAAAUUGAGCCCGAAGCCACCGCCAUAUACCAUGUCACAGCCAACAAUCGGGUCUUGCGCCGUAGCUACAUCGAAUUCGCGGACCGCGCCCGGGGCCUUGCCUACUUUCUCAUGAAGCAUGGUUUCAAGAGAGUUGGGAUUCUGGCACCUAAUACGCCGGCGUUUUUGGAAUCUAUCUUUGGGAUUGCAGCGGCUGGAGGUAUCAAUGUUGCCGUGAACUAUCGGCUGAAGAUGGAGGAUAUUUCUUAUAUUUUUGAGUUUGGUGAGGUGGACUCCAUAAUCGUUGAUGCCGAGUAUGUGCAUCUCCUGGACGAUUUCCGGAAACAACACCCUUCUGUACCUUUCAUUGUGGAUACAGAUACAGAUGCCACGGCUGGGCAGCUGUCAGGUCCGUUUGAUGAAGCUGUUCUAGAAGGCCUAGGGCAUGAUGAAGCGACGGGAAGCAAAGGAUGGGAAGGUUUGAAGGCCCAGUGCGACGACGAAAAUGCUGCGAUUGCAAUUCCAUUUACAAGCGGCACAACUGCUAAGCCAAAGGGCGUCGUUUAUACCCAUCGUGCAUUCCCCUGGGCCGUGACUGCAGUACGGGGCACACAUUAUUGCCUACGCAAAAUUGAUUACCCCCUGAUCUGGACCCUUCUCAAAGACGAAAAGAUAACACACUUCAACGCCGCACCUACCGUCAACACCAUUCUGUGUGCCUCUAAAUCAGCAGUCAAGCUCGAGCAACCGGUCCGUGUAACCGUAGCAGCCUCUCCACCAACUGCCCAUCUAUUUGAGCAAAUGACAAAUCUUAAUCUCUUUCCCGUGCACGUCUACGGUCUUACAGAGACAUACGGUCCAAUCACCAAAGGUUACCAUAUGCCUGUAUGGGAAACUCUCCCUCUAAAAGAGAAAUACGCUCGUAUGGCGCGCCAAGGACACGGGUUCAUCACAGCGUUGCCUAUUCGAGUCGUGAAGACAGAGCAGCCCGAAGGUGUGCUUAUUGAUGUGAAGAAAGACGGGAAGGAAAUCGGAGAGAUUGUAUUUCUUGGGAAUAUCUGCGCCAAGGAGUAUUUUAAGGAUCCGGAGGCGACCCGGAAACUGUUUGAUGGGGGUGUACUACAUAGUGGGGAUUUGGCCGUUUGGCAUGCCGAUGGAAGUACGCAAAUUUUAGACAGGGCGAAGGACAUUAUCAUAUCUGGUGGGGAGAACAUCUCCUCCGUGGCCCUCGAAGCAAUGCUAGUUCAAAAUCCCGAUGUCCUCGAAGCUGGCGUCGUCUCCGUCCCUGACUCUCACUGGGGCGAACGUCCCAAGGCCUUCAUCACAGUGCAAGCCGGGAAAUCCCUCACAGGAGAAGCUCUAAUUGCGUGGGCGAAGAAUGAGAGUUCAAUAAGUAAAUUUAUGGUCCCGCGAGAGGUGGAAGUUGUCGAUGAGUUGCCCAAGACCAGCACUGGGAAGCUGAAGAAGAAUGUUUUGAGAGCGUGGGCGAAGGGCGAUCGCAGCGUCAAACUGGGUGACGUAUUAGGCGCUUUUGGAUAUUAG